AUGAUUAAAGCGUUGUACCAGAGCAAAACAGAGCAAAAACACUGGUACUCCCGGAGUUUCUCAAGGGGUUUGAGAAACUGUUACACGUUUAAUUUGGCCACUGGAGAAAGGUUACAAGUCUGUCUGGUCAAGACAGGGGAAUCAACGCCAUUCAUCACCGGUUUAGAGCUGCGUAAACUCGACACCAACGCCUACAAAACUUCAUCUGGAUUAUCCUUGCAGACUCACUGGCGAGCAGACCUUGGCUCAAUCUCUAACCGACCCUUGAGGUACAGAGCAAAUGACUAUGGAGCUGAUAUCUUUGAUCGCAUUUGGAUGCCUUACAACUCGGAAAAUUGGUCGCAGGUUAGUACUCAUAACAGUGCAGGUGUCUACAAUUCCUACAAGCCGCCAGUGACUGCUAUGAUCACGGCCUCUGUUCCAACAGACCCGGACGCUCCUAUGAACAUUUCGCUAGCCAGAGUGGAUCCGGCUUCAGAAUUCUACGUUUGCAUGCACUUUGCUGAGAUCCAAGAUCUCAAACCUGAUGAAACGAGAGAGUUCAAUAUCAAGUACAACGGAAGACUUGUUGCCAGUACCGUUACGCCUGGAAGACUUUACACUCUCUCCCAAAUAAUUGAUCAGGAAGUCGGUCCUAAUGCCAAAGGAGAGUACGCUUUUUCGAUUGAAAGGACCUUGCAUUCCACACUGCCGCCUCUUCUGAACGCCAUAGAAAUCUACCUCGUGAAAUCAUUUGAGGAACAAGAAACUGAUACUAAAGAAGUUGAUGCAAUACUUAGAAUCAAGUCUAGGUGCGGUAAGAAGAAGAUAGAUUGGGAAGGAGAUCCCUGUGUGCCACAUGAAUACAUGUGGAAAGGUCUUGACUGCAACUAUAAACACAACAAUCAACCUAGGAUCGUGAAUUUGAACUUGACGGCCAGCGGCCUAAUCGGGGAGAUACCAGAGUCGUUAUCAAACCUGACAAAAUUAGAAGUCCUUGAUUUGUCAAACAACAAUCUCACUGGUUCGGUCCCAGAGUUUUUGGCUGAUAUGGAGUCGUUAAAAUUCAUAAAUCUAUCAAGCAAUGAACUAAAUGGUUCGAUACCUAGACGUCUCCUUGAUAGAGCAGAAAAAGGAUUGGUUACACUAAGCGUGGACGAAUUUCCCGGGCUAUGUUCCUCUCCUUCAUGCGCCACCACAAGCAAGAAGAAGACAAAUAUUGUUAUUGCAUCUAUUGCAACAGCACUCUUUUUAAUCUUACUCAUUGCAGCCGUCAUUAUAGUUAUCUACAAGAGGAAAAGGAAAGCCGAUAGACAUCCCAGUUCAGAUUUUGCAGAAAAUAAGCAAUUGGAUCAAAGUAGCUUCUCAGACAAUGCAGACAACAACGUGUUCACACUCGAAGACUUGGCUCAAGCAACUGGUAACUUUUCAAGCACCAACCUCAUUGGACAAGGUGGGUUUGGUUAUGUUCACAGAGGAGUUCUUUCCGAUGGAACUGAGAUUGCGGUUAAACAACUUAAAGCUGGAAGCAGACAAGGCGAACAAGAGUUUCUAGCGGAGGUAGAGAUCAUUAGUAGAGUUCAUCACAGACAUCUUGUUUCUCUCCUUGGUUAUUGCAUAACCGGAUCUCAAAGACUGCUUGUUUACGAGUUUGUGCCUAAUAAGACUCUGGAAUUUCAUCUUCAUGGUACAAGUCCUUGCGAUAUAUUAAUGGUUUUUUACUUUCAAAUCUCAUGUAAAUUUCUGAAACGAANUAUUGUUAUUGCAUCUAUUGCAACAGCACUCUUUUUAAUCUUACUCAUUGCAGCCGUCAUUAUAGUUAUCUACAAGAGGAAAAGGAAAGCCGAUAGACAUCCCAGUUCAGAUUUUGCAGAAAAUAAGCAAUUGGAUCAAAGUAGCUUCUCAGACAAUGCAGACAACAACGUGUUCACACUCGAAGACUUGGCUCAAGCAACUGGUAACUUUUCAAGCACCAACCUCAUUGGACAAGGUGGGUUUGGUUAUGUUCACAGAGGAGUUCUUUCCGAUGGAACUGAGAUUGCGGUUAAACAACUUAAAGCUGGAAGCAGACAAGGCGAACAAGAGUUUCUAGCGGAGGUAGAGAUCAUUAGUAGAGUUCAUCACAGACAUCUUGUUUCUCUCCUUGGUUAUUGCAUAACCGGAUCUCAAAGACUGCUUGUUUACGAGUUUGUGCCUAAUAAGACUCUGGAAUUUCAUCUUCAUGACAAAGAGGCACCCGUAAUGGAAUGGGCAAAAAGGAUGAAGAUUGCCUUGGGUUCAGCUAAAGGACUGUCAUACUUGCAUGAUGACUGUACCCCUAAAACAAUACACCGCGACAUAAAAGCUGCCAAUAUUUUGAUUGACAAUAGCUAUGAGUCAAAGGUAUUAUUUGAACUUGUAAAAAUAGCAGAUUUUGGACUCGCCAAGUCUUGUUCAGACAAUGAAACCCAUGUUUCCACUCGGGUUAUGGGAUCAUUCGGGAACUUGACGGCCAGCGGCCUAAUCGGGGAGAUACCAGAGUCGUUAUCAAACCUGACAAAAUUAGAAGUCCUUGAUUUGUCAAACAACAAUCUCACUGGUUCGGUCCCAGAGUUUUUGGCUGAUAUGGAGUCGUUAAAAUUCAUAAAUCUAUCAAGCAAUGAACUAAAUGGUUCGAUACCUAGACGUCUCCUUGAUAGAGCAGAAAAAGGAUUGGUUACACUAAGCGUGGACGAAUUUCCCGGGCUAUGUUCCUCUCCUUCAUGCGCCACCACAAGCAAGAAGAAGACAAAUAUUGUUAUUGCAUCUAUUGCAACAGCACUCUUUUUAAUCUUACUCAUUGCAGCCGUCAUUAUAGUUAUCUACAAGAGGAAAAGGAAAGCCGAUAGACAUCCCAGUUCAGAAAAUAAGCAAUUGGAUCAAAGUAGCUUCUCAGACAAUGCAGACAACAACGUGUUCACACUCGAAGACUUGGCUCAAGCGAAACCUCUGAUGGCAAAAGGUCUAAAGGAUGGCAACUUCAACGGUUUUGUUGACCCGCGAUUAGAGAAUGACUUUGAUGUCAUCGAAAUGACGAGAGUGGUUGCUUGCGCUGCUGCUAGCGUCCGCCAUGCACCGAAACGCCGUCCAACAAUGACCCAGAUUGUUCGAGCAUUUGAAGGCAACAUUUCUCUAGCUGACAUAACCGAAGGAGUUGCUUCAGAAGACAGCACUGGUUACAGCUUAGACGGGAGCUCGGAUUACUGCUCAACACAAUACAGAGAGGAUUUGAAGAAAUUCAAGAAAAUGGCACUUGAAAGCCAGACAUUUGGUAGCAGCGGUUUGACGAGCGAAAAUGGUCAGGACUUAGAACCAUCAAGCUCCUCUAGCAUCAACGAAGGAUGACGUAACGCAGCUAGCAGACCCUCAUACCUGGCGAGAAAACAGAUAAGUUCCGUGAAGAAGAAGAAGAAGAGACUCCAAGACAAAACAGAGGGCUCGAUCAGUUAAAAAGUCGUUUAAUUAAAAUAACCCUACAGUAUUUUUUAUAUGUUUAUCAAUCAA